ACAAUUUUAGCCAAUUUUUUCCGGUGACAAAAAUUCCUCAUCUCUCUCUUCUCCAAUCUGAUCCAACACUAUUCAACUUGGACUCUCUCUCUCUCUCGUUCUAGCCACCACCUUUUCCAACCUAACAGAAUCUUGAGAAACUAAUUCUCAUUAAGGUAAUUCUUAAUUCUUUGAACAAUCUUUUUCUUUAGCCAUGUACAAUGUAAGUUCAACUCUUACACUAAAGUGUAAUAAAGGGUCAGCUUCAUUUUCAUCUUAUGAUCAUUCUUAUUGCUUAACUAAUAGAUUUAGUACACACCCUUUAGCUUAUUCUUCCUCUUUAUCAUCAUCAUCAUCAUGUUGUUCUUGUUGUGCUACAAAUGCUAUAUACAGAGUGCCCAUUUGCCCUAGUUCUUUGUAUGGGCUGAGACAAUCCACUUUAAUCCAAUGUAAAAAACUGAUCUUGGGUGGUUUUGAUAGAUAUAAUUCAAGAUUUCAAGAUUUUGAUAUUGAUAGGGAGUGUUAUUAUGACAAAGUUUGUUCCUUUAAGGAAAAUGGUGUGAGUAGAAGAGGUGGGAAAUGGGGUAAGGGGAGAUAUAGGUGCUUGGUGUUUGAGGAAAUGAGUGAAGGAGGUGGUGUUUCGGAGUUCGAUGAGGCUGAGGUUAUGCUCAGCUUGUUGACUGAGGAUGUGGAUGAGGCGUUGUUUGGUGUGAGAGACAGAAAUGGAUGGUCAUCUAAGAUGAUAGAGGCGGAGAAAAGAAAAAAUGAAGGUGGUUCGAAUUAUGUUGUUAAGAAGAAAGGGGAUAAGUCGGGUAGUGUGGGGAGUAAGUUGAGGUAUAAAUAUGAAUCUGAAGUGAUUCCAUCAAGAAAGGAGGAGAAGAGAAGGGAGGAGAAUAAGAGGGAGGAUGAAAGAGCAUCAUUUUUAAGGAGAGAGAGUCGAGGAACAAACCGUAAGGAGGAAGAAAGAGCUUCCUUGUUGAGGGAGAGUCAUAGAGAUCGAGCAAGGGAAGAUGAGAGGGCCUCAGUGUUAAUGAGAGAGAGUCGAGGGACAAAUCAUAAGGAGGAAGAAAGAGCUUCCUUGUUGAGGGAAAGUCAUAGAGAUCGAGCAAGAGAAGGGAGGGAAACAUUGUUGAGGAGAGAGAGUCGAGGGACAAGGCAUAAGGAGGAAGAAAGAGCUUCCUUCUUGAAGGAGAGUCACAGCAAAAGAACAAGAGAAGAAGAGAGGGAAAGUUUGUCGAGAAGGGAGGACCACUGGCAGAGACUAAGGAAAGAUGGCUCUAGCUGCUCAUCGUACUAUUCUGCUUCUUCAACAAGUGAGCUUGAUAAUGAAAGUGAAAUGCAGAUUGAGGACGAGCGCUUUGAGGAAGAACCCUCAGGGAAGCAUGGAGGAGAGUUAAAGAGUGAAGGUGUUGCUCGAUAUGAUGGAGUGUACGGAAGAGAUCAGAAAUACACUGCUAAACAGGGGGUUGUCUCACGGAAGGACGAUUCCAUAGUGGGAUUGUAUGGUGCAGCUGGUGACUGGAGAAAGAAGUCAGAGAAGAGGCUUACUGACAUGUCAAUUGAGGAGACUGCCUCAAGAAAGGAAUCAAAGGAGAUGCAUUUGAGGAUAUCUCAGAUUCAUGGAAGUAGUUCUGAACAGGUUUCUGGUUCCUCCAAGAAAUACGACGGUGCAAAACAAGAAUCAGCUUCUCUUACAAAAUUUGAGGGGCAGACAAGUGGACAACAUGGGCAAGCAGGACAAUCUAAUACAAAUAUGAAGUAUAAACAAUUCGUGGAUACAUCUGAGAGUUAUGGCCUUAGAUCUAGAACUGCUUAUGGCACAAGAACAUCUGUUCAUGAAACAGAAGAAACCUCCAAUGAGGCUUUGAGUCAGAUUCAGCAAGCAAGAGAAGAAUAUAGUAAGAAAGUUGAGAGCAUCAUAAAGGAAGAUGAAUAUAGGAGGAGAGCACAUAGGCUCAAUCAAGAGUCUGAUAUUCAGAAAAAUGACAUUAAGAGGGAGUCAGCCAUUGAACGAGUCUCUGAUACUGAACUCAGAAAGAAGGUAUCAAACGAGCACCACCAAUCUAGUCAGAUCACUGAGUUAGUGGAGUUGAGAGAAGGAGCUGAACAAUUAACUAAAGUAGACGAAAAAAGAACUCACGUCUCGCAUGGUAAAUCAGAGACAAGGAUGAAAAACCAGGAAGAUUAUACAAACCUCGUCAACAAGUCAUCAGUAGAAUCCAAAGAGCACUCCUCCCAAGCCAGAAUAAGAGACGCAAGAAGCACAAAAUCAGUAAUGGAGUCUCAUGAGAAAAAAACUGUACUGGGCGCUUCGAGUACGUCUAUUACUCAUUAUAGUGACACUACAAGUCUUGAAGUAACAGAGGCAAACAAAAGAGAAGUGAAAGCGUCUUCCCAAGUCUUAUCAGGACGCUCAUCAAUUAUGGAGUCAAAGAGUGGGUUUCCAGCUCAAGAAGUUUCUGAUUCAGGCAUAAAGAGAGGGUUUUCACUACAACACGAACACAUCCCAGAUAGGCCUUCACAACCUCAGCACAAAACACAUGGUGAAUCCAGAAGGGAUGAGGUUCUUGGCCUGCCUUUGAAUUUCCCAUCCCAUGAAGAUGCACUUGGUUCAGCUGAUCGAUUGCAGAAAUCCUCGACUCAGUAUGUUGGCGAAUUUGUAGAGAAGGUCAGGCAUGAGAUUUCAAAUUCCGAGAUUCUGAAGGAGACGAAGACCUCUGAGACAAAGUUAAUUUACGAGGGAGAGCAGCAUAGUGAAAAUUUUUUAGGCCAACAUGGUUCUGGUGAUUCUCAAUCAAAUGAGCACGAAUCAAGGCAAUCCUCUUUGGUUUCAGGGGCAAAGGGACCUUCAGAUGAAAUGUGGGAUGUAACUGAGCCCUCUGUCAGGGAGCCUCCGGAGAUAGAAGUGCCAGAGGAUGCAGACAAAGAACAAAAAGCUAUUGUCAAGAGAAGUGGUAGGUCCUUGUGGAAUAUUAUUGGAGAUGUUGUUCAAUUGCGAUGGAUGUCACGUUCUGAUCGCCAUUCUUCGACAUCUAAAUCUGGUGGAAGGAGCUCACCUAAUCAAUCCAUAAGUAGUGAAACAUGGUUUUCUGGUCAUGAAGCAGAGGAUAACAAUAAUGAGAAUGCAAAAAACAAGAGAAGGCUGAACCAAGAAUCUGCAUCUAUAGACCGGCAUCGGCAGGAAAGGUUGAACCAAGAAUCUGCAUCUUUCCGGCAUCGGCAGGAAAUGGUUCGCUCUCAUAGUCAUGAAGAAGCAUCCAGCUCAUCAAGCUCAAGGGAACAUAUGAAGGGCACAAGGGUGGAAACAUCAGCUUCACCAAUUGUUUCAGAGAGCAUUUUACCAUCCAAAACUAUUGCAUUGCCUUCUGCUGAAGACACCCCUUGGAAAAACUUCGAAGGUACCUCUGGCUCAAUUGUUCCAGAAGGAGUGCUUCCGCUUCCUUCAAUUCAGGUGAGAAGAUCACCCAUUAUAGAAGAAAUAACAGAAGCUGGACAGGCUGUUCCAUCCAGCAGUAGCGAAGGGCAAGCAGUUUCAGAGACAGCCGCUGUCUUUAGUGAGGUGUCGGGGUCUAAGGUUAAAGAUGCUGAAAUGAGACAGAGAAGGUUUCUGAGGUCCGAUCAAUUUGUAAAA